AUGAUGAAACAGGGUUAUUUGUUGUUUCAGUUGAUCUUCAAUUUGAAAUGUUCCAAUCCAAAGUCAAGGAUCAGUGUGAAACUUGUGUCUGAGGUUGGCGUGGGAGUCAUCGCAGCUGGUGUAGCUAAGGUAUGCCAUGAAAUUAUGGUUUUACCUUCCUUUGUUUGUAGUUUUGUUUUCCUGAGAACUUUUGCUGGUACUAUUGAAAUAUGUGAAUCAAAUAAUGAAGAAUUAGAUAGUCCUUUUUCCGUAAACAAUGUGAGUAGCGAUUUUUUCACUAGCCUUAAUUCCAUUCCCAAUGAAAGAGGUUUUAAAAUGGCUUUUCUUAACAUUGUUAGUUUGCCAAAAAAUAUUGAUGAAAUAAGGUAUUCAAUGUCAAACAAAUUCAUUGAUCUUAUUGCUUUCAAUGAGACUCGUCUUGACUCAAGUAUAACUAAUGGUAUGAUUCACCUUAAUGAUUAUGAUAUUAUUAGAAAAGACAGAUCAAGAAAUGGAGGUGGAGUUUGUAUUUACUUGCGUAGCUCCAUCAACUAUAUUAUAAGACAAGAUCUAAUUCCCUCUGAAUUGGAGGCUGUCUGUGUAGAAAUUAUUAAGCCACACAGUCGACCAUUUCUUGUUACAACCAUUUAUAGACCACCCAAUGCAUCAUCUGAAUUCUUUGAUCAUUUUGAAAAAUUAAUUAAAGCCAUUGAUGAUGAAAAUAAAGAAAUGUAUAUUCUAGGUGAUCUAAACUGUGAUAUGCUUAAAACAGACAAAGAUUCGAAUUCUCCAACAAAGAAAAUCAAAACAUUGUAUGAGUUGUAUCAACUGUUACAAUUGAUUGAUGAAGCUACCAGAGUAACUAUGACAACCUCUAGUCUUAUUGAUCAUAUAGUCACCAAUCCACCAGAGAAAAUUUCUGACUCUGGUGUUAUCCAUACUGGAUUAAGUGACCAUAGUUUGGUAUUUGCAAUAAGGAAAAUUUCUGUUGUUAAAAAACAAGAGAAGAAAGUUGAGAUAAGAAAUAUGAAAAAAUUUGAUCAUCAAAAAUUUGUUGAGGAUCUGAGGCAACAACCCUGGGAAAAUGUAUACUUCUUCGCUGAAAAUCCCAAUGCUAUGUGGGAAAUUUGGAAGAAAUUAUUUUUAGAGGUCUUGGAUAACCAUGCACCACUUCAACAUAAAACGAUUAGAACAAAAAAAGUUCCUUGGAUUACAAGUGCUAUAAAGCAACUUAUAAUCACAAGGGACAGAUUAAAAAGAAAGGCCAUUAUUACAAACCUAGAGAUAGACUGGUUAAAUUACAAAACAACGAGAAACAAAGUUAAUAUUCAGCUAAGAAAUGCUAAAAAAAAUAUUACUCCACUAAAAUUUCUGAUCAAAAAUGCAACCCUAAAGAGGCUUGGAAAACUAUAAACGAUAUACUAGGUAGGCAAAGCAAACCAACAGUAGUAAAUGAGUUAAAAUUAGGUGAAAAUAGUUUGACAAAUACCAAAGAUAUUGCAGAGGGCUUUAAUAAUUAUUUUUCAAAUAUUGGCCCUGAUCUAGCUAGCAAAAUUGAUACUCCAAAUUUGAACUUUCAAACAUAUAUUGAAAAGACUAAAUCAGAAUUCAGUGCAUUCCAGCCAGUCACUGUUAGCAAUGUCUACCAUCUUUUACAUGGUCUUUCUAGCAACAAAGCCACUGGCGUUGAUAAGAUCUCCAGUAAAAUUAUUAAAAUAGCUGCACCUGCUAUUUCAGAUUCACUCACAUAUAUUUUCAAUCAAGCUAUUAUCCUAUCCAUUUUCCCUCACGAAUGGAAAACGGCUAGAGUAAUACCUCUCUAUAAAAAUGGCCAACGAAACCUGCCAGGAAAUUACAGACCAAUUUCAGUUCUGCCUGUCAUUAGCAAAAUUAUGGAACGAAUUCUGUACGAUCAGCUAUACAAUUAUUUAACCAAAUUUGAACUUCUGAGUGACUGUCAAUUCGGUUUUCGUAAAUUUCACUCUACAACUACAGCAUUACUUGACUGUACAAAUGAUUGGUAUAUGAAUUUAGACCGCAAAAUGUUUAACCUGGUAGUCUUAAUUGACUUAAAAAAAGCAUUUGAUACUGUCGACCAUCAAAUAUUAUUGAAAAAAUUAGAGCUUUACGGAAUAAAAGGACAAGCUCUGUCUUUUCUAGAAUCAUAUCUCUCAAAUAGAAACCAAAAAUGCCAAAUACAAGGAUCUGUUUCAUCAGAGAAAUUGAUCAAAUGUGGCGUACCACAAGGCUCUAUUUUAGGGCCCCUAUUUUUUCUGUUAUACAUUAACGAUUUGCCUCAAUGCCUGGAUAAAACAAAACCUCGGUUGUUUGCUGACGAUACGAACCUGACAGUUUCUGGAAACUCUAUUACUGAUCUUGAAACUGCAGUGAAUUCUGAUUUGGAAAAACUUAGGAAAUGGCUAAUUGCCAAUAAACUUAGUCUAAAUGUUGCUAAGACUGAGUUUAUGUUAAUUGGUUCAAAACAAAUGAUAAAAAAUAUUUCAAAUUUGCAACUAAACGUGAAAAUUGAAAACGAGUCAAUUAAACAAGUUUAUGAAUCCAAAACUCUUGGAGUGACAAUUGACCAGCAUUUAUCUUGGAAAACUAACACUGAGAAUAUUUGCAAGAAAAUUACAUCUGGAAUAUCGGCUCUUAGACGUUUAAAAGAAUUUGCUGAUAAGCAAACACUUCUUUCUGUAUAUAAUGCUAUUGUUCGCCCAUAUUUCGAUUACUGCUGUGAAGUAUGGGAUGUGUUUGGAGAAACGCAAUCAAAAAGACUCCAAAAACUACAAAACAGAGCUGCUCGGAUUAUUUUGAAUAUGAGCAAUGACAUAGAUCACUCUGUUGCAUUGCAAGCAUUGGGUUGGAAGCCACUUAAAACAGAAAGGAAGAAAAGUAAAGCAAAAAUCAUGUACAAAUUAUUGAACAAAAUGGGACCGAAAUCACUCAGUAAUCUCUUCACAUAUAAGGGUGAGGUGACAAACUACAAACUUCGGAACAUUUCAAGUAGUCUUUGUUUACCACAACCGCGUACUAAUAAUAUGAAAAAAAGUUUCGUGUAUGACGGAGCACACGUUUGGAAUUCUAUUCCUAAAGAAAUAAGAGAGAGCAAAUCCUUUUCUUCCUUUCGAAAGAAAAUCACUACUCACAUUGACUGAUAGCUAAUUAACAUAGAUGUUAAUAUUAUCUGUAUAUAGAUUACUACCUUAGUUUGUUAGUUCAUAUAAUACUAUAUAUCUUAUAUAAUUUUGUAAAUAGUUUUAUAAUUCUUUUCUGUAUACUUUUCGCACGCCCCUCGUGGAAAUCAGCUUCGGUUGACGAGGUCAGCGUGUUUAAAUAAAGUUUAUCUAUCUAUCUAUCUAAUAUUGUACAUGUUAGUGAUAUUAGUAAUAGUUAUAAUAUUAAUAAUUCAAAGUAGAGUGUAAGUAAUGAAUAAAAUAAAUAUAUCCACUCUUACAGGGCCAUGCAGAACAUAUCGUGAUAUCUGGACACGACGGGGGGACUGGUGCUAGCUCAUGGACUGGUAUUAAACAUGCGGGAUUGCCAUGGGAACUGGGUCUCAGUGAAACUCAUCAGACUUUGGUAUUGAAUAAUUUACGACGGAGGGUGAUUUUACAAACUGAUGGACAGUUGAGGACAGGUAGGGCUAGACUCGGAUGCACACCCUAUGCAAUGAAAAGAACAUUUUCUCACUCUGAUAACUGCAGGUUGACUAUCAUCUGUUGCACGAUAGUGUUUAGUGAAACCCAGGUAUAUUGAUGUUCUUAACGUUUGAUAUAUUUGAGGUCGCGAUGUGGUGAUUGCUGCGUUGCUGGGAGCAGAUGAGUUUGGUUUUUCAACGGCGCCUUUGAUCAGUCUUGGAUGUACUAUGAUGAGAAAAUGUCAUCUCAAUACGUGUCCUGUUGGCAUAGCAACACAAGAUCCUAUUCUGAGAAAGAAGUUUGAUGGAAAACCUGAAUAUGUCAUCAACUAUUUCUUCAUGAUUGCAGAAGAGGUUUGUAUCAAACAGCUUGUUUGACUACUUACUUCUCUUGUUUACCCGUUUGUUUGUUUUUUGUUUAUUCUUUGUAUGUUGCUUGUCUUUUUGUUUGUCUGCUUGUUUGCUAAUUUUGAUUGUUUGUCCGUUUGUUUUGUUGUUUAUUUUUCUCUUUAUUUCUCUUCCUUGUUGUUUUUUUGUGUUUGCCUUAUUUUGUUAGUUUGUCAUUUGGGUUGUUUGCUUGUCCAUGACAGAGAUUUCAAUGUUAUUUUAGGUUCGUGACUACAUGGCUCAGCUAGGUUUCAAAACAGUGAAAGAAAUGAUUGGUCAGACACAGUGCAUCAGACAGUGUGACAUUCCUUUGAAUGAAAAGACCAAGGUAUGGAAAUACACCAAGUAGAAGAAAUGGAUUCCUAGAUUAUGGAGCAUUUUGUAAUGUUACAUGCCGUCUUUACAGCUUCUUGAUUUUGGCAAGAUUCUCGUACCAGCUCGUUCUUUAAACGAUGGUGAACAUUAUGGUGGUACUGAAGAACAGGAGUUUGGUUUAGAAGACAGAAUGGUAGGAUUACAACAUUUUAUAAUCAACACACAUCCCGUACCAUACCAUACCAUACCAUACAAUACCAUACUAUACCAUACUAUACCAUACCAUACUAUACCAUGCCAUACCAUGCCAUUCCAUACAAUACCAUACUAUACCAUACCAUACCAUACAAUACGAUACUAUACCAUACCAUGCCAUGCCAUACAAUACCAUGCCAUACCAUACCAUACAAUACCAUACCAUACCUUACCAUGCCAUACCAUACUAUACCAUGCCAUAUCAUACCAUACCAUACCAUACGAUGCCAUACCAUACUAUACCACACUAUUCAUAUCUCACCACAAACUAUUUUAUACCAUUCUCCAACAUAAAGACAUUUCCUGCUCGUCUUCCAGGAGAACGAACUUGUGGAUGCUGUUAAAGAAGUGUUAGAAGGAAAGAGGAAGAAUGUUUUGAUGGAACUGAAAAUUGGCAACGAAGAUCGAAGUUUUGGGACCACAACAAGUUAUCACAUCUCCAGGUAGGAAUGACUUGCUUCAUUAAACACUACACACAAUAACAUUUUAAAAAUACACAUUUCAAAUAUUGACCCAUUGACGUGCAAUGCUCUCUUCUUUGUUAUUUAACUCUAACGGCGGACGCUUUUUAUCGUCAAGGUAAGAUUCUUGAGCAUUCAUGGAUAAAACUAAACUAUCUGCCCAUAUGUCUUGUUGACGUUUUAAUAGCAGUGCUCUCCAAUCUAUUCUACUUUAUGAUUUUACUAAUCUAUUCCACUUGAUGAUUUUACUAAAGUUUAUGAUGUUUUUGCCGUUCUGAAUAUAAUUGAAUUAAACAACUGGGUGAUCUUUCUUUUUGAGUUGGCAGAAUGCCAGAAACCAGACAUUUCCAUGCGAAUUCCCGUACAAAUGGAACAGCACGAGUUUGUGUACGGAAUGUUUUUGAGCGGGAGAGGCUUGGCUUUUAGUAUUUGAAAAAUUACUGUGAUUUAUCAAUUUCCUAGAAAACUGCUUGAUGCUGGAUUGCCUGAAGACACCGUGUUUGUCAAACUGAAGGGAUCUGCCGGUAUGUCAGUCGUGUCCAUUUCAAAUUGCCUUGAUAAUGACGCUGUAUCGUUAGAAUUCAUGGAAAACUUUGUAUCAUAUUUCAUUAUUUCUCUCGUCAGAAUGUAGUAUAAACAGUAUGUGGAAUUAUCAUAGCAAAUUUGUAGUUUUUACCUCAAAAAUGUUGUCACAACAUCUUGUUUCAUAUAAGAAGGAUCCUUUUGUAUGAAACAGGCUGUUGUGGCAUGGUUUUGAAAGUAAAAACUACAGUAUGUGGAAUUAUCAAUAUCUUUGCUUUGAUAAAGUGUGUACGUAUUGUAAUAAAUUUCAUAUGAACUUCAGGUCAAAGUUUUGGAGCGUUUAUUUGUCGUGGUAUUACUUUGGAAUUGGAAGGAGACGCCAAUGAUUAUGUUGGAAAGGUAUAUUGAUGAUACCUUGUACAAAGUGAGGUUUCAAUUAACCCAAAUGUCCAUGAUAAUUUAUAUAAUGUUGAUGGCCAUUUGUAGAUGUUUUGUAUUUUUCUUCAUUAAUUGAUUUCAAACUUGUUCUCUGAUUGUCAGGGUCUUUCCGGGGGUAAGAUCAUCUUGUUCCCGAGCGAGAAUUUACCAGAAAGUUUUAAAGCCGAGGAAAAUAUCAUCGCUGGUAAUGUCUGUCUAUAUGGCGCCACGUCUGGGAAGGUUUGAAUUAAGUUUCUAUCAACUAUAACUCAGUAAUUUCAGACCUGCGUGUAAUGUGUGAUGUUUGGAAACGUCUUGAUGUCAUGUUGAUGAAAUAUCCAUAUAGGCUUUUGCAUCGAAAUCAUUUAAAAAUGAAUUAGCGUUGUGUUUUCCAAUUUUGUUUCUAUUUUAGGCUUACUUCCGUGGAGUGACCGCUGAACGGUUUUGUGUUCGUAAUUCAGGCGCAGUCGCUGUGUGUGAGGUAAGUUUAAACUACGAAGUUGCAUUGCGGCCCUGUGCGCCUUACUGUACUACUUUACUCUGUUUAAUGCCAGACGAUUUUACUCUUCAAGGGAGAGCCCUGACACUCAAUGGGUUAAACAAUACCAGCGGGCAUCUCAUUGAGAUCUUAUUGUUUAUUUUCAUAACUUACAACGCUACCAAUUUCAUUAUGAAAAAGCCAAUUCAAAUUUAUAAUUUGUCGUAUUUUAUUUGAUAGGAAAUCUUCGCUGUAAAUUCGGACCAGAUAUUCUUGAUUCUUGCAUAUAAAUUGUAAUUCUGAAUAGGCGGGUUCAAGGUUUCCGAUGCCAUCUUGAAUCUAUUGUUUCCACCAUUGUGUUUGCAUCCCCUGCAAAUUUACCUAUAGGGAAUUCCAUUGUGAUUGCACCCUUGCACUAUUGUGUUACGUUCUGGCGUCGGAAACCUUGAAUCCCCCUAUUCGCGCGGUACCAUCAAAACUUACUCCAAACGGAACUAAUCAUGUACAUGCACUUGUUAUUCGAUGAAAAAUAGAAAUAUAAAAUGUUGGUUUGGAAGUUCUUUGGCAGAGACACUAUUUGAGGUAACAUUUCCGAGAAUUGUAUUUACAUUUCCAGGGGUGUGGUGACCAUGGUUGUGAAUACAUGACGGGAGGGACUGUCGUUAUAUUAGGGGCAACUGGACGGAAUUUUGCUGCGGGAAUGUCUGGUGGCAUUGCGUAUAUUUAUGACAGGUAAAAAUGGCUAAGUUUCUUUAACACUCUGUUCGUGUGGGCUCUAGGCUCUGGCCUAAUACAUGCUUACGAUUUGUAAAAUAACUAAAUGUUGAGAUGUAACAUUCCCGCUGUAAUUCACUGAAAUAUUUUCAAUCAUUUAGGUCCAGUCGUUUCCCCAGUCUCUGUAACACACAGAAAGUCGAUCUAGACCCACUACAAGAUCAAGACUAUAUCACGCUGAAACACAUCAUUCAGGAUCAUUUUCAUUAUACUCAGUCUACUGUGGCGAAGACCUUGCUAGAGAACUGGAGUGAGGCUGUUCAAUACUUUAUAAAGGUGUGAAAAUAUAUGGGAUACUACCUAAUUUGUAAGCUGGGAGGCUUGGUCGCGCAAUUUGUCACAGCAGACGACAUUCACGUCUGAGAUCGUAGGUUCGAUUCUCGCUGUGGACACAUGACGCAUUAAAGCCGAAAUUUAAAGCCUGAAUUGACCAUUUGCGUAAUAGACUAAAUUUUGAUCUAAACAAGUCUAGACAGCUUGAAAGAGCAUCACAAAAUUAGUAAUAUUCCAAAGUUUCGUUGCGAAAUGCUGUAAAAUGCGGAUAAUAUAGCCUUGCGAAGUUUGCAAUUUUCAGUCAUUUUAAAUUACAAACGGGAAAUUGACAGCCCCAAAGGGUUUGGGCUCAUUAACAUAUCGUGUUUGUCCUUGAAAGGUUAUUCCUCGUGAAUAUAAACUGGCAUUACAGCAUCAAGAAGAUGAAGAAAAAUCGGUUAGUAGAAGAUAUAAUUCGAGAUAAAAUUGCUGUUGAAUCAAAACAUGUCACUAAGACUGAAAUAUUUUAAAAUAUAAAAGUAUUGAACUGUUUCAUUGUGUUCACCAUGGAUAAGUUUGCAUAAACAUGAACAUAUUUAUUUAUGAAGCAAUACAAAGAAAAGUAAAUAUCGUUUUAGGGUGAAAAUGUUGUACAACAAAAUGGUGAGACGGAAGCAAUAGAAGAAAUUCCAUCAAGAAAAGAUUCUGUGAAUGAAAUUACUGAUAUUGAAGAAAGUGUUCCGAAUGAGAUUGAAGAUAAAAACAUUGAUAAACAAAAGUAAGUCGAGAGGCCUUUCUAAAGUUGUGUAUGGUUGUGUUCGGCGUUGUUCAAAUGUCGCGCUUGUGAAGUUUAAAAGUGUGCGUGAUAAAAACAACAUUUAAAACGUCUCUUCAACGCUAGAGUGAACUCGCAAGCAUUCGUUCAGUUUUCUAUGCGACAAGUUGUUUUCUUAUUCAAACCUUAUUUUACUUGUAAUUCCUUUCAGAGGUUUUGUGAGAUACAAGAGACGUGUUAACGCUUACAGACCUGCCAAGAAACGAGUCAAGGACUGGAACGAGAUAUACAAUCAUCCUAAAGAGAAAGAACUGAAAGUGCAAACUGCAAGGUCAGCGUCCUCUGUUAUGAUCAUUAUACUACGUGAUGUACCAAAUUGUUUUGCAUGAAAGGUCAUUUUCGUCCAGUAAGGAUCAUCUCUUAUUGAUUCAUUGUUACUACACUACCUGUGGUGUUUGGCAUGUCAAUCUGAAAGCACUCUUCUCACACGUGACUUGAGGGUAAAUUGUAAUCAGGCAACAUAUACCAGGAAUGGAAGCUUGGUCACAGAGAUGAAACCCCAUGCAAUACAUACUAAAGAAUAAUUGUUUGAACAUUUCAGAUGUAUGGAUUGUGGUGUCCCGUUCUGUCAAUCAAAAACUGGCUGUCCUCUUGGUAACGUUAUACCCAAGUGGAACGAUCUUGUUUUUAAUGUAAGUUGGAAGAAUAUAUCUGAAAUGCAUUAAUAAUUCAUGAGUAAAUUAUCCAACCAUAUUGCUUUAUUUUGCUCACAUGAUAAUACUGGAUACCUGAUGAAGUAUAGGACUGGAUUAAUUCAUCUCACUUUUAUUUAUUCGUAUGAGAUGUCAUUUCAAAUCCUCCAAUACAGACUGGACUAGAUUUCAAGUCCUCGCAUUUUGAUCCAGUCAUCGGCUUCUUCUUGAUCAAAUUGCCCAGACUUGAAAUAUAGUGCAGUCUUCAUUCAGGAUUUGAAAUAGUACGUAUAGCACUUGAACCCUUUCAUUGGACGUUACAAAGCAACAGAUUAUGACCAGCUUUAGAACCGUUGACUACAUUCUCAAUCAAUCCCUGCUCUAUGCCAAAUGAAUUUGUAUUAAUCUGGCGCUGGUUUAAAAUAAUCAGUAAGCACUUUGCAAAACUCGCUGAGUAUUUCGACUCAAAAACUUGAUCGACGGCGACGGUCAGCCGCAAGGUAUGUCACUGUCGACGUUGCCGAUACGCGACGUUCACUUUGAAAAAAUUAGAGUGUUCAAAGCAGGCUUGUGCUUGGAUACAUAAGCAUGGAAUAUAACUGAUUUUCAUAAUUUCACUUUGUGGUACACGAGGUACAUGACAUGAAACUGUCUGAUCAAAUUCAUCUGAUCUCGUGUGAACAUAUGGAAACACACGAUCUUAUAUAUUGUCUCCCAAAUACACACAACUCACCAUGUGAUUCUCUUGUCGGCAGGGUCAAUGGCAAGACGCAUUGGACAGAUUGUUACAAACCAACAACUUUCCAGAAUUCACAGGAAGAGUUUGCCCAGCACCAUGCGAGGUAAAAAUUUCAUCUUGAGACCGCAAGUUAAACUGCAUGUAGAAAUAGUUUUAAAAUAUUUCCUGUAUAGGUAUUUGUUAUAGUCAAGUAUCAGAAAUCAAUGUUGUGAAGAUACUUAGAAUUGUACUAGAAUAUUAUGUUUAUGAAUUAUUUUUCACAAGUAUCAAUUGUUGACUCACAUAACUGUUUAUUUAUUACGCUAGGGUGCUUGUGUAUUGAGUAUCAACUCUCAACCUGUCACUAUCAAAAGUAUUGAAUGUAAAAUCAUUGAUGUGGCUUUUGAAAAAGGUUGGAUGAAACCACAGGUAAAUAUACUAAUAAAACUGAAAUCUCAAAUGUAUGUAGGAACCAGGAAUAUUAAGUUAACUCAAAUAGGAUAACAAAUUUAGGUUAUAUUUAGGUUAAGAAAGAGUAUUUUUAGAGUGUAAUAGUCAAAUAUUUGCGUAUAUUUUAUUCAGCACUAUUUUGAACUAAAUAUCAUAUUCUAGCUAUUAUAACUAAAUAUCAUGUUCUAGCUAUUAUAACAUUUGGUUAAUAACUAAAUAUUAUAUUAAAUCUAUUUUCUCUUUAGCCUCCUCAAAUGAGAACGAACAAAACUGUUGCAAUUAUUGGAAGUGGUCCAGCUGGUCUUGCUGCCGCUGCUCAGCUUAAUAAGGUAGGAAUGUUGGCAACAUAAUACUCAGAUCAAACACUUUCAUGCGAAAAUUUAUUGAACCAGAUCGUGGGAUUCUCGCUACGGACUCAUGUGAAGAGAGUCAGCCAACGCUCUGCCGAAAGUCGUGGGUUUUCUCCCACAGGGAAAGUUGACAGAGUAGGUUAGGAUAAACACAGUUAAGAAAGUAUAAUAUCACAAUUGUUGUAAGAUUAAAAUAGUCCAGGCUAUAGGUAAAUUAAGUAAGCGUAAUACUUGAUCUAAAGCGCAUUUGCGUUGCACACAAUAGAUGUAGUUUUCUGUCUUCGUUAUGAUUGUACUGUAUUUGCUUGCAACAUUUUGCAAAAGACAAGUUCCAUGCUGCUAUACAUACCAAGUUUCACACACGUCCAUUUGAGUGUUUGCGCGACGGAGGUUUUGGCGAUUUUUAAUUUUGACAACCUCAGUUCAAUUAGCGGUAGAAGUUGUACUUGUCUUCAGUGUUUAUAUUUACAUGCAUUGACUAUUUUAUUCGAGGCUUUUUUCUUCAACAUUUGUUUUAUUCUUCUAAAGGCAGGUCAUGUCGUCACAGUUUAUGAAAAGAAUGACAGAUGUGGUGGAUUACUUAUGUAUGGAAUACCUUCCAUGAAAAUCGAGAAAGAGGUUUGUUUUUGUAUUUAUAGUUAACGAUUCUCUUUUAACGUUUCAUUGCAAACAUACAUUACAACCAACCUCUUCUCGUAGCGUUAUUUUGUUGUAUAAAAUAAAGCCCCCGACGAGAAUGAGAGUUGAUAAGAGUUGUCAUGCAUUGCUACAGGGGCAUUUCAAGCUCUAGAUUGACAAAAUAAAGGUUUGAUCAGUGUUCCAACUAUGUUUUAACUUAAAUAGAAUACAUGAUAGUGUUGGGAAAACAUUAAGAACAGCUAACCAAGCUCGCGUGACUGCAAACUCUCAUGCUCUCUCAUCCUCGUUCCUAAUUUGGGCCUGAGUACUAGGCCGAAAGCAGGGACCAUAUACGCACAAGCUCAAAUUUCCAAAUAUAUAUAUGUUUUGUACUGCCAGUACCCUGAAACCUUUUAAAUAUUGUAUUAUCACUGUAUUUAUGUUUCGUUGGUAUUUUGUCAAUCGUCUUUAAUUUAAAAAUGCCGUGAAUAGUUUCUAAAACAAUCAUAUUUUUCUUGGUAUAAAAGAUCAUUUUUCUGGGAACUAAUUUCCAUAUUUUGAAACACAAAUUUUUUGUCAACAUAAUGUUACCAAUUGCAAGCCAGUAUUAAUAUGAGGUGAUGACCACCCAUCGCGGUACAUUAAAUAUUCUAUCUCGUAUAAUCAAAUACCAGUCUGCAAAAGACGCUUGACAUACUUUUACAGAUGUCGCCCCAAUGACAUAAUUCUGUGAAUGAUUUGAAGCAAAUUGUAAUGCAGACUUCCACAUCGAUCAUAAUACCAUUAGCUCAGUCUAUAUACAUUAUUAUGAUCGAUUUUUCUUGGUAUAGAAGGUCAUUUUCUGGGAACUGAUUUCCAUAUUUUGAAACACGAAAUUCUUGUCAACAUAAUGUAACCAAUUGCAAACCAGUAUUGAUAUCAGGUGAUGACCUUUGGUCACAAGAUAUUAAAUAUUCUAUUUCAAAUUCCUGUCUUAUACAGACGCUUUAAACACUUUAUGCGGAAGCGAUAUUUAUCUUGCUGCUCGAAACAGAUCAUUUUGUUAAAGAUUUCAAGCAAAUACUAACACAGACUUUCUCGAAGAACGAACACUGUAUCUAUAUUCAGUCUAUAUAGCGAGGUUUAUACUACAGAGCGACUAACACCAACACAGAACUUGCUUUGUUAUUUGACGAAACAAGAAUGGCGUGAAAUAUGGCGUCGUACAUACAAGGCUAUGAUGAGGAAAGGUUUGCGACCACAGUCAAUCGAAAUUUCCUCUGUUUGAUUUGCUUCAACGUUUUAAGAGAGCCCGUCCUGUGUCCGAGAAACCAUCAUUGUUUCUGUCGAUCUUGUAUUACGAAACACCUUGAGAAUUCUCGAAGAUGCCCUACGUGUGCGGACGAACUGACCGUAGAGACUUUGGCCGAACCACAAAGAAUGGUAAAAGAUUAUCUAAAUGAAUUAAAUAUUCAUUGCAUUUACAUCGACAGAGGUUGUCAAGAGAUCCUACAAUUACAACAUCUUGACAACCAUGAGGCUACAUGUGGAUUUACACCAGCCGUUUGUACAAACCAAGGCUGUGGUGUAACUUUAAACCAGCGUGAUCUUAUUCACCAUCAAAGUGAACUAUGUGAAUUUCGAAAGUUGAAGUGCCACUCGUGCGGAGAAAUGACAAAGAGUUUGGCAGAUAUCGAGAAACGAAUGGCGACUACUGAGGCAAGAAUAGCGAAUGUUGAGAAGAAUAUGGCCGACAUGAAAACAGAUAUGGAAGGAAAAUUCGAAGGAGUAAAUAAUGAAGUGAGAGGAUUGAAAACAGCUUUGGUUGAAGGUUUUGAUGAAAUAAAGGAUGUUCUUGUCAAGAUGGAGGACAAGAUAGAAGAAAACACAAGAAAAGUAAGAAAUACAGCAAGUGGUGAUAAGGAAAAUAUAAUUGUUGCUGGAGGUAUGGGAACUGACUCUGUAGAGAUGUUUAACUGGCGUCAAAGAACAUGGUCGCCAUUACAAUCCUUGCCAAAGAGCCGAGGAGGAGCGACUUCAUUUGUUCACAACAAUCAUGUGACAAUUGCUGGAGGUGUCUGUUCUGGCUUUGUCAAUGAUAUGAUUAGAAUGAAUAUCAACCCAAACCCUGAUCUCUCAAUGCACUGGAGUGAGUGUCCUGUUAAACUACCCGCUAAGUUGGCACACCACAGCAAUGUGCUGUAUAAUGAUCGUUUGAUAGUCACUGGUGGUGUUAAUGAAAAUGCAGCAUCUGAUUGUAUUUAUGAAGUCCAGCUGGUUCCUUCGUAUACUGUGAAGAUCUUAUCAAGGAUGCCAGAACCAAGACGAGGCCCCAGCAUUCAAUUAUUUGAUGAUAACUUGUUGAUCGUUGGUGGAAGAACAACUGUCAGAUACGAAGCCAGCCUCAGCAGUGUGGUACUGUAUGAUAUAAAGAAGAAUGAAUGUAAACAGUUGGCACCACUGCCGUAUAAAGUGAGUAUGAUGGCAACUGUGAGAUGGGGAGACAACAUCGUUGUUAUAGGCGGCGCUGACGAACGUGGCAAAGCAUUAGAUACAGUUAUCAUUUACAAUCUCAGGACAGAACAAUGCCAUUCGUUACCAGCAAUGAGAUGUAAGAGAUAUGGAUGUACUGCAGUUGUUAUUGGAAACAACAUUGUAGUACUGGGAGGGAGAGAUGAACAACGACAUCACCUAAAGUCAGUUGAAGCUUUCAGCUUUGAAAGUUAUUCUUGGCAAGAACUUCCAGAAAUGUCUCGAGCAAGAUGGCUUCACACUGCUGUUAUUGUGUGAACAAUGUAAAAGUGUUCUUUGAGAUAAUAUUUGACUUUGACCAUAUAACAUUUUUAUGAAGGAUUUUAAGUGUAUAUAUUAUAUAAAGAUUGCAUGCAUAUAAGCAAAUUGAUUAUUUUGUGGAAAUGGAAACUUGUAGCUUUUUAGAUGAUGGAUAAAUAUUGAAUCGAUAUAGUUAGACAACAAGUUCGCUUUUAUAAUAUUAUGAAGAAUUUGAAUUACUCAAUAACGUCUUAAUGAAAUGAAUAGUUUGUAAAUAAUUAUAUAAAAUACAAUAAACUUUUAUCAAAUUCUGUCUUGUCUUGAAAUAUCAACAGAAAGUCCUGUAUCAUGCAAAUGUUGUGAUUUUGGUUUUUUACGAAGCCUUGAAACGCAAGACGAACGUUGGUACAUUUCUCGUUCAAUUUUCGUGCACAUUCAACAAAAUUUGAUUGAUUUAUCUUUGACUUUGGUUAUGGCCAUUCGUUCCACAAAUUUUCAUAUUUAACUGGUAUAUAGUUUUUUAGUUAUUUCGCUGAAAAACAAACAAACAAGUAUUCUGUGUCAAAUAUAGAUAAAAAUAGCAAUGAAGCCACCAUUUCUUUAAGAGCUGAUGAACUUUACAACUAUCGACAAGAGUUAUAUAAGUUUGUUCUAAUUUUCUUAACUAUAAAAAUUGAUUUGUUUCGCGAAAUAAAAAGUGAUGUUUUCAACAAAAAACGUAACAAUAAAGGGUUUAUUAUUUUCAGAUUGUUGAAAGGCGUGUCAAUCUCUUGGCUGAAGAAGGAAUAAACUUUGUGCCAAAUACUGAAGUGGGAAAGGAUAUUUCUGGUCAGCAGCUACUCGCAUCAUAUGACGCCAUCCUCUUGGCGAUUGGCUCAACUGUCCCACGUGACCUUCAAAUCCCUGGU